ACUCAGGAGAGCGCCUAUUCAGGUUGGCGGUCGGGGUUUGUAAGUUUUCAUCAUCUUAUUCUCUCGAUCUUUCAUCGUGUCAAGAUAUGUUUAGGUGAUCAGUGGCAUUGUCUGAAUGGCAUCGUGACAUCUGAAAUUAAGUGACACGAACACUGGGCUUCGGUGUCAAAGAGAUUUGAUUAAAAGUGGUAGAAUGUGAGAGGUGCGAUGCUGAGCAUUAUUCGGAAUAUAUAGCAGCGUUUGGUAGUGAAGCAACAUCAUUUCACAAAUUUAAUCGUAACUACGCAUAUCAAUUAAUGGCGCAAAAUGGCUGACUCUACUGAAACAAAAGACAUCACUUCAUUAGAUGUUGAUCAUCGUGCUGACGUUGCCCCUACGCUUGAUGAGGCCAUCAAAAUCUUUGCAGGAUACAAUGCGGGAUUAACUAAUAAUGGUUCCGACUCUACGAACAACGAUAAAAAUGACUUUGAGAUAGGACCGCCCGAUCAUGGAAAACCAUCAGACUAUAUAACUGGCAUUGUCAAUGUUGAUAAAGAUCUUAAGGAUGAUCUCCUAAAUGAAAAUGAUUUAGAGGAUCCUAACUGUAAUCUUGUAAACACCUGGAUUCCGAGCCAAUACUUGCCAUCGUGGGUGAAACCGAGGUCUGGUUAUAAACCCGCCAUUCCGGUAAUAGCUGAGGACAUUUUCGCAAAGCAACAUGACGAGGAGCUGGUGGUCCCUACGGUGGUGAUAGACAAAGAAACUGUUGAAGACAAGUCCACAUCAGAAUAUGAGCCCGAACAAACUGCUGAACAUCCUAAGAGUAAUGAAAAUGCAACCAAUGAUGUUGCUUCAUUAGACGGGGUCGGACCUGGUGACGAAAGGAUAGCAGAGAAUCAACAAAGUGACUUGAAAGAAAGAAGACAUUCGCUGGAUAAUAUAACCAAUGAAAUGAGAGUAAAGAAGGAUCAUUCGGCUGAUGGUGAGUUAAAUAAAUUAAAACUGGAGGAUGGCGAUCAGAAGGUAGAGAAAAACAACAAUCGGGAUGUGGUGAAUUUGAUGGAAGUUGAAACCAGAGACCCCAUUAAAGCCAAGGCUCCAUCAUCUCUGCCUAGCACCCCUCGACUCCUGACCCCACCGUGUCCCUUUUCAAGCAGUUCUUUAAGUGGCAAUUCCCGACGACCACGGCGUUACUCCUUGGCAGACGUCAGCAACAUGGGUUUGAGUGUGCUGGAAGACAAAGCCUUUGCCCGAGAGAUCCGCCAGCACCAGAUUUCCUUACAGAGUAAAAUCGCCGAAGAUCCGAUCAUCGAAGCCAACAAUGAAGUCGGUAAUGACGUCCAUGAAGCAAACAAGGCGGAGACUUCGUCGUCGUCGGUGGACCUGACUUCUCCUCGAGAGCGAGCCAAGUAUCUUCGACGUCGACGGGCAUCCCAAGGGACCAUCGCUCCUAUCCUACCAAGCCUUCAUCUCCCUCGUUCUCCUAGAAGCAGUGUGGUUUACAAUCCGUCAACCACGCCCGAACUCGACGUCGCGAGCGAUGAUCAUGAAUAUGACAAGGGCGCGCCGUCGGCGUCGACUUCGGCAUCAGAAGCCAAGGACGAGUCGACGUUGUCUGAAAGUGAACAUGCUGAGCGGUUGAAAGCUUACAGGAGAAACAAGAGACGGUCAUCCUGGGCUUGUACUGGAACUCAUCCCAAUGUCAAACCAAUUUCUACCUUGGAUCUACUGAGACAGAGUACAAUUCCUCAAGAGAGCCAGUGGAAUGCAACUACAUCACACGAUCCAUACCACAUCACAGUCCAUUUCAUCACAGACCCAGGCCAAGCAGACAAACUUCGGAACUUCCUCCGACCAAUCACAUCAGCCGUAGUGCCUCAGUUCGCCAUCUUCAACUACGCCGAACGGAGCAUCAGCGUUCAUCCACCCGAACCCGACGAUGAUGAUCACACCAAGAUUCCUGCUCUAGCCAUCGUGGUCUUCAUCCAGGAGGAACUGGGAGCGGAUCGACUGGAGGAUGCUCAAGGGUUCUUAAGGAAAGAACCCUGGGCCCUGCAUCAUCGGUCAGAGUUAGGACCCAGUGCGGUACCCUACCCAACAAACAAUCAGGACUACUAUGCUCAUGCCAACAACAUGCCACUUUGGGCCGUUCGUCAGGUCCACUGCGGAUUGGACAGACUACGCUUUCAACUCUUUGUAUCGGAUGAGCACUGGUUUAACUCCAUCCAACUCUAUGCCACUAUACUUGGACAUGGUGUCCAGUACCAAAAAGAGGAUUUCUGCUUCUUUAACAUCUACUCCGAUCCAACAAGAAAUCUUGAGAUACAAUUAUCCCUGAAGAGGUUGCCGUCUGGGUACACACCUCAACCCAUGGAGGACGUCAUCCUGCAGUUCAAGAUUGGUGAUAUGGGAAGUUUAGUUCCUCUUCUGCCAAACGUCUGCAGUCCGAUCAGUGAGAAGAGAUGGCAGACUACAGACUUUGAUGGCAACAAGAUCCUUCUCUUACGAGGAAGUGACAGGUCUGGGAAGUUGACUCCACGGAUCAUGGACAACUCGGGACUGUCCAACAGGGGAACUACUGAAGGUGGUGAAUCUUCUCCAGUGCCUUCAGACAAUGGAAGAUCGCGCUCAAGACCAAGAAGGCGGCAUAAACAUGGCAUGCAGAAUCUAACAACGGUUGUGUAAGAACCUUGACCAGAACAGUCAAAGUACUGAAGGUGUCAAUUCAUCUACAGUACCUUCGAACAAUGGCUGUAUGCACCCUAGACAGAGAGGAAGGCGACAUAAGCAUGAUGACAUGCAGAAUCUACCAACUAUUGUUCGAGGAUAUAAACCAGAACUAUCAUUUUAUGAAAUGACCUCUAUGAGAAGUAUAAGCUCUUCAACUGAACCAUUGCAAGAGAGAUCAGAAGGUUAUGUUGAACAAAGGAAAAUGGCACCUGCAUGUAAAUUAAGAGUUUUACGUGUUCAUCAGUAAAAAUGCUUGAGUAUUUAUUUACUACAUUCUAUUUCUAGAUACUGUUGUAAAAAGUACCAAACAUAUCUAUAUUUAUAUUGCUCUAGUAUCAGAAUUGAAUUUAAAUGAGUUACAAUUUAAUUCUUCACAUUAAUGGCAUAUUCACCCAGGGUAACCACUUUAUUAGCUGGUGGUUUUCUGACCAUGCAUACGAUAACUACCCUUUUCCAUUCUAAUAUGCACAGAGUCUAGUUAGAUGGCAGAGGGUCUCAUUUCUGUAAGUCAUUGCACUGCAAAAAAUGCGGGUGUUCAUUUAACACCAGCCUGGUAUCUAUAUCUGUAAAUACCAAGGAAGUGCUGAAACAACACCAGUUUAGAAUCAAAUUGAUAUUGUUUUAACACUAUUGGUGUUGCUUUAAUGCCUACAUCUGGUGUCAGCCUAACGCCAAACCAGUGUUGUUUCAACACUUAUCUGGUGUUUACCAAUAUACACUGAGCCACCAUGCCCCCAUUAUGAUAUUAUUUUUACUACGAACAUCAAGCUGUGACACUUGACACAAUGAUAUAUUGCUUUGGAGGUUUUAAUAUGACAUAUAGUCCAUGGAAAAUCUCUGAUAUUGACACACUACUCAUUAAAUUAGUCAUAUAACCAUAAAAAAUACAAUAUUUUAUAGAUUAAAAACACUGAAAUAGAACAGUAAUCAAUAAUUUACUCAUAAACAAAAAGAUGAGUUGAUAGUAAAAUUUCAAACAUCACUCAUUGAAAAUCAAAAUCAUCUAAAUGAAUCUGAACUGUAUGGCAAGUAAUCUUUACUGUUAUGAUAAUUAUUCCUUCAUGUAUAAGCAUCUAUUGAGUAAAUCAAUGUUUAUUUUGAGACCUCCAUAUUAUGCAUGAAAAAUGACCUGUAUAAUUCUUUUAUGAUUAUGCAUUAUACAUGCAUUUAUGUAUAAUAUGACUACAUUUCUUUGAAAUGUAAAAUACUCACUGAAUUUGUCAUUACUGGGCACACUUGCAUCAAUAGUAUAUAUUUCUUGCUCAUGGUUUAGAUUAUUUAUCAAUAUUUCAGUUCAUGGUUUCAUUACAAAACUUUGAAACCAAAUGAAUUAAUAAGAAAGUAUCACAGAAAAGGGUAUCAAUCUACAAUUCAUCUUCAUAAAACAAUAACAACAAACCAACUUAAUGGUAGGCCUACAAUACAUGAUCACAGAAUGGAUCGGAAAUUACUUUCGAAUUGGUAUAUGUACUAAAUAUCUUUAUAAAUGAAAUUACUCUUUGAAAUUCAAAUGAUAUUUAAUUCUCUAUAUCAUUUAUAUAUACAAUGCAGCUGAUUUCAUGAAAUAUGUUGUGAAUUUUCUACUUUGAGCAUUACUCAACAGAUAUACUUUUCCUUUUUAAUAACAAGUUGUUCAAACCUGAAACCUGUUUUACAAAAAGCUGCGAUGGAUUUAAAUCAAACUCAAAUUGAGAUUGGUAUAAUUUCCUUUAUCUUAUGUACACAAUUUGAGUUCAAUUUCAUUUUCAGUUUGAUAUUAUAAAUCUAUUGCAACUCUUUGUAAAACAGGCCAAUGGUGUAACAUAAGCUCAGCGACAUGUUUGGUGUGCAAGUAAUCAACAGAAAUGAGGUGUGUAAAAAUAUCGCAGACGCAUGAGACAUUUUCCUGCAUCUGUGCAAAUCAAGUUCAUAGGAAAGGUGGCACAAAAAUGUAAUGACUUUGCCUGCAUAGUGCAUACCGUUGGAUGAAUAGCCUAAGAAACUCAGCAGCAAACAUCAGACUUUGGUCAUAUUGGCCCGAAAAGGUGGUUUUUUAAUUCUCGGUUGAACCCAUGGUUUAUGCAGAUUUCCUGUAUAAAUUACGUUUAUUUACCGUGUACAUUAAAAAUGUCCAAUGCUGAUGCAGCUUUUGUCAGUGCGCCAAAUUGAUGCCUGUUGCCAUGGUUAAGUACGCUAUUUCAUUCAUGAGUCCACUGUUUGAAGAGUGGACUCAUUAAUUCAAAACAGUGGACUCAUGAAUAAAAUAGUGUGGAUAACCACGGCAACAGGUGUCAAUUCCGCGCACAGUGACAAAAGCCCGCAUCAACAUUGGACAUUUUUCAAUAUUCGCAGUAAAUAAGCGUAAUUUAUACAGGAAAUCUGCAAAAGCCAUGGACUCAAACGUGGGUUUUCCAAACCACCUUUGUGAAUUCGGGCUAAUAUGUCUCAACAAUAAAAAAAAAAUGUUGCUGUCAUGUCUCAACAAGGCUUCAAUGUUCAAAUAACUUCUGAAUUUAAAUCUUGUAUUUCCUGAACUCUCAAAAGAUACAGCAUGACAAUAUGUUAUAGAAAUGAAACCAAAAAUCUUUCAGUAUUUCAGAAAGUACCGCAUGAAUGAAAGUUUUCAUUCUGAUUUGAUUUUAGAAAUGAUAGCAUGAAUGUCAUUUUCAUGAUUAUUUCAGAAAUUAUUGCAUGUUUAAUUGAUUUCAGAAAUGCUUGCAAGAAUGUAACUGUUUUCAGUCAAUUUGAUUGCAUAAUGAUUGCAAGAAGUUUCUUAUUUGUACUCAAAGAGUAUUGCUAGAAGACAGCCAAGUUGAGCUGUAUAACAUUUUAUAAAUUAUUAUGCAAAUACAGAUGAUAUGCUUUAUAUUUUCAGAAAUACAAGUAUAUCUAUUUAUUUUGUGACAGGCAAAACCCAUUCUGCAAGGUUUUGUACAAAUAAACAAUAGACAAAAAAAUAA